CUCUGUGUGAAGAUACAAGGCUGUCGCAAGCUAAGUCAAAAUUAUCCUGAGGUCUAAUUCGUUUGUGUAUUUAAAAUUGUUAUAAUUUAAACCUUACAUCUAUUAAGCCGUGUUAUACGUGUAACAGGCUUAAAACACUCUCAUUCCUUAUAAACUAAAGAAAAUAAGUGUGGCGGUGACAACAAGGAAGUACGCUCAGAUUUCAAAUUCUCGCUUCCUCUCAUUCUUCCUGCUAGCUACAGCAGGUCCUUAGCUAGCAUGUGAAGCUAGGUUAGCCCGGAGCUCACCUUCCUAGUGAAAGAAGACUAGAAGAGAAAUGCUUAAUUUUUCUACUGCAUCUCGGACAUAGCUGACUAGCAGCUAGUUGUGUUGAAAAUGUCCGUGCUUAGCCUCGCUGCUUCGCGUACAUUCCGUGGCGUGUCGCUAAAAAUCCCUCGGAUGUUAUUUAGCCUGCUACCCAAUGAUGGAUACUCAAUAACAAACCUACACAGCAAGAGAAUCAGCUGGCCGCAGAGCCACGGCGCAAAUACAACGCGUCUGCUCAGCUCUCAACCGCUUAACCAGAAGAUACCAAAGGUGGCAACAUGGGAACCAGUACCAGAGGACCAGCUUCCUCCGCCUGCCCAUAUCCCUGCUGACCUGGUGGACAAACUGGAGCGACUGGCUUUGGUGGAUUUUCGCACCAAACAGGGACUGGCUUGUUUGGAAGAAGCCAUACGGUUUGCAGACCAGCUUCAUGUCGUUGACACAACAGGGGUUGAACCGAUGGAUUCAGUUCUGGAGGACAGGGUUUUGUACCUGAGGGAGGAUGCUGUGAUGGAGGGUGACUGUGCUGAAAAACUGCUUCAGCUCUCAAAAAGCACAGUUGAAGAAUAUUUUGUGGCACCACCAGGAAAUAUUCCUCUACCUAAGAGGGAGGAGAGGACUGCCAUGCUGAAAAACUCAGAGUUUUGAUGUGUAUAAAUCUAUAUCUCUACUUUUUUUUGAAGACUGAAAGUGUCGUUUAAGAGCUGCUGUAUGUGUCUGAUCUGCCGGUUGAGGCCAGCUUGACUUAAUAUCUAGUCAUAAACACUGUGUCAUGUGUGUGUUUUCACAUUUUUUCUGCAACAGGAAAAAUAAAAAACUUGUGCAAGUUGUGUUUCUCA